AUGAAGGCGCCGUUACGUGGCGGCCGUGGUAUAAAGGCAGUGGCGAAGAGUGCUGGGGUCUGUCAGAAGAUCCAGAGCCUCCGACAGGGUUUGGUGCUGGGACCAACAUACAGCGAGCAAUUCGACAUUUUUUUGAGAGAGAAAAUAAAAUUGAAAAUUUUGUUCGCAUUCGCCUUGUGCGUCGUUUUGGUAGUCUUGACUUCAGCCGAGCCUGAACCUGACGCAGCUCCCUCCGGAUAUUCAUCAUCUUCUGGUGCCAGUUCUUAUAAGAAACCAGCUGUGAAGUUGUACAAGCAUAAACAUGUGCAUUCCCACCACCACAAGCACUGGCAUGAGCAUGACCAUAAGCACAAGCACGGCCACCAGCACAAGCACAAGCAUGGCCACAAGCACGGCCACCAGCACAAGCACAAGCACGGCCACAAUCACGGCCACCAGCACGGACACAAGCAUGGCCACAAGCACGGCCACAAGCACGCCCACCAACACCCGCAGCCCCAGUAUUCCAGCAGCUCUGGUGGCUCUUCUGGCUACAAAAAAAAAAAAGAAUUAACAAGUCUCUAUCGUGAGAAGGCAAGUGCGCGGAAAAUCGUGGCGGGCGAUGAUGAACUUGACGGGGCCUCCGGCGGAUCCCAGCUAUCUAUUGGCGGAUGUAUUAUUUUGACUCUUCGAGUCCUCUGGCAGCAGCAGAUACGUGAACCGGAAGUUGAAAUCAAAUUCUGCCCCAUAGCACUUUUGCGAAGUUCGCACGAAAUGAUUCAUCAGCAACUUGCCGGGCCCGGUUGUUGA